AUGCUCGACCCCUUUGGCGCGCCGCCUGCCUGGCUGCGAACAUUGGUCGAACCAUACGCAAUCGCCUUGAAGAGUCCAACGUUAUCGGAGCAUAUCCACGAGGUCAUUGGCAGCUUCUUAUUCUACCAGUUUAUCCACUCCGUGGUGUCGCCAUGGUUGUCGCCAAUUCUCUUCCCCCGCUCCUAUCCGGCGCUUAGUGCCCGUACCAAACUGAACUGGGAUAUUCAUGUAGUCUCACUUGUCCAGAGUGUAUUGAUCAAUGCUGCCGCACUUUGGGUCAUGUUCUUUGACGACGAGCGACGAUCCAUGUCGUCGGGUGAACGUGUUUUCGGAUAUACUGGUGCAUGUGGCUUGAUCCAAGCUCUCGCUGUUGGUUACUUUAUUUACGACCUCAUCGUGAGUGUUCAGCACGUCAAAAUGUUCGGUAUUGGGAUGUUGUUCCAUGCUGUCAGUGCGCUCUGGGUGUUCAGCCUAGGAUUUAGGCCAUUUGUAAACUACUAUGCGCCUGUUUUCAUUCUUUAUGAGCUGUCCAGCCCUUUCCUCAAUAUCCACUGGUUUUUGGAUAAAGUCAACAUGACCGGAAGCCGAUUCCAAUGGUACAAUGGCAUGAUGCUCCUCUCAGUUUUCUUCUGCUGCCGUUUGGUUUGGGGGACUUGGCAGUCAGUGAUUGUAUACAAGGACAUGUGGAAUGCGCUUCAGCAGACCUGGUCUGCCGCGUCGUCAUCUCCACUGGCGACCCCUGUGAACAUCGGCGCUCACGUUUUCACACUCAGAGACGGUGGCAUGUGCGUUGACGAGACCUGUGCUCGCGCUAAUGCCGAAAUCGCUCGCUUCAAAGAUUUUACUGCUGGCGGUGUACCGACUUGGUUGGUUCUGACGUACGUUGCGUCCAACAUUAUCCUGAACUUCUUGAACUAUUUCUGGUUCUCGAAGAUGGUGGAUACAGUCUUGAAACGGUUCCGCGGUCCUCCUGCCGAUACUCCUGAAGCCAAGAAGCUUGACCAGACGUCUUCAAAUGUCAGCCAGCUUGCCCAAGACGCCGUCCUGGGGGCUGCUUCGACUCUUGAAGAAAACGAGGACGCGGCUUUGCGUGGGGAGAAAGUCUCGUCUGCCCUCGACACUGGCAUUUCAGAAGAUUUACGGCGUCGACGAACUGAUUUGAUUGCCGAUCUACCUGGUCCUGGGUCAUGA